AGUUUUAGUAUUACUACAACAAACGCUCACGGUAAAUGUAAAUGUAAUUUCUUUGGCCAAUAUUUUUUUUCCAUAUAGUUUUUCGCGUUGUUGGUAGUAUUAAAACAUAUUUUACAUUUGAAUAAGCUGGUCGUUUUUCUCCAUAUACACAUAGACGGACACUUCGUCGACCAUGACGGAGACAAGUAAACAGGAUUUUCCACAGUUCGUGGCCAUCAAAAGAAUUUUGAAAUUGCCAGUGGUUUCCUCCGGGGUCGACAAAGCGACGUACAUAUACGUAAGAGUCAAGAAUUUGAACAGAGUGUUUGAAUAUGGAUUCGGAAAUGCUGAGAAUACGGUAUGGACCGUCGUGGACUUGUCCGUACCUUUAGUGGCCAAAUUGGAAGACCCCAUCAAUAAAAUCGACGAAAUCAUGUGCAAAUCCUUAGACGUAGUCGAGCAAAAUGUUCCAUUCAUCACGUACACUCCAGAAGAGAUAUAUUACUCUACUAAGACUUACGUUAAAGACAAGGUAGCACCUGUUUUGAAAAGGGCCGAUUCUGUAAAACAAUUGUCCAUGUUAGACGAUGCUUUGAGCGUGGCUGACAAGUACGUGGAUAAAUACCUGCCGGAUCAGGAUUCAAACGAAGAUGCCACCGAAAAUCCAAGUACAGAACCGUCAAGCCAAGCAGUGAAAACCAUCCGUCAUGUCAACCGAUUCUCCAGAAAACUACAGAGACGCUUAACCCGCCGGACCAUAGCCGAGGCCAAGUUACUCAAGAAACAAGGAUACGAUACCGUCCAAUGCCUCGUAUACUUUGCAGACCUUUUAGCAAAAGAUCCAAAAGAAUUCGCUCAAAAAAUUAAAGUCAUUUGGGAACAUUUGAGCGAAGACGAACCGGAAAACCAAAAACCACCAGAAAACAUUGAGCAACUGUUGGAACUGUUGACCCGGGAAAGCGCACGCAGAUUCGUACACGCCACCAAUUUUGUAUCCAAUAAGAUUGCCAUGGGCCCUACUUACGCCAAACGAGCAUUUCACACAGUCACCCAAGAGACGGCCGUCUUAGUGGACAAAAUUUUCGAGUUCACCCAUCUGCAAGAAAUAAGGGACACGGUAGAGGGCAUUGCCAAGAAACAAUUGGUUAAAUACACGAACCGAGGAGAGGAAAUAAAAAAACUUAUAUUGGAAUAUUUAUCGACGUUAACGCAAGCGUGGAACACCUCUGGCAAGAAGACCCAAGACCAAAACAACGAAAACAGCAAACAAACCAAUGAAAAAGACAAACAGAACUCUUCGGAAGAGAAACAAAAGAAAAAAACUCUCAAAGCCAACGGAGAAAAAAAGGAAAAGCCUGCGGAACAGACGUCUUCUUCUUCUACAGCCAAAACGACGGCGCCCGUUUCGUCCUGAAUACAAACUUUCAGGACGAAGUAAUGUCAUAUUACAUUAGCCCGUGACUGUUAACACCUUUAUUUAUAUAUUUAUUACUUUUAUUUUUUCGCGUACAAAACUACUUUUAGGUUCCACAUCAAAUGACUGUUAUAAAUUAUUUCACUUACCUCACCCCAUCUUAAGUAGGUAUAUCACAAUUCAAUUAAUGAUAAAAAUGAAUGCUUGAUUUU